AUGUCGUCCUCAAACGCUCCCCCGCUUGACGUCGCGCUCAACGCCGCGAUCUCUAUGCGCAAGAAGCUCGCGGUGCCAACCCCUGACCUCAAUGCGCCUGCACCCUCCUCCGCCCCCGACCUCUUCUCAAAUGACUACCUCUCCGUCACCACGAACCCGAAGGUGCGUGAGCGAUUCCUCGCGCGGAUCGUGAAGGAACCUCGCGUGUUUGGCACUUCGGGCUCGCGCCUCCUCUUCGGAAACAAGUCGCCGCACGUACAGUUCGAGCAGCGGAUGCGCGCCUUCUUCCGCUGGCCCGCUGCGCUGCUCUUCAACUCGGGCUAUGACGCGAACCUCUCCUUCCUCCACUCCGUCCCCCAGCCGGGGGACGCGAUCGUCUUUGACGAGCUCAUGCAUGCGUCUACCCGCGACGGGAUCAAUAUGUCUCGCUGCCGCCACUCACAGUACGGGUUCGCGCACAACUCCGUCGCGUCCUUCCGCGAGGUCCUCCAGAAAACGCUCGUCCGCCACCCGAAUAUCGCCGCGGGGAAGAGCACUGUGUUCAUCGCGGUCGAGACCCUCUACAGCAUGGAUGGCGACUUCUGCCCCCUUAGGCAGAUCAUCGAGACCGUCGAGGAACUGGUGCCCAAGGGCUCCGCGCACAUCAUGGUCGACGAGGCGCACACCUCUGGGCUCUUCGGGGACGGCCGCGGCCUGGUGCCCGAGCUCGGUUUGCAAGACCGCGUCCACAGCAUCCUGCACACGUUUAGCAAAACAUGGGGCAUGAGCGGUGCCGUCUUUCUCACCACUCCUCUCGUCCGGCACUACAUGAUCGGCUACGCCCGUCCCAUGAUCUACUCCACCUCCCUCCCAUACUCCCACCUCGUCGCCCUCAACACCACCUGGGACUUCGUGUCCGGCCCCGAAGGCCAAGCGCUCGUCCCCCGCCUGCGCGCGCUCGCGGCGCACUUCGAGUCCGCGCUCCACGCCGCCCUCGCCCGCGCCCAGGUCCCGUCCGACCUGCUCGCGCUCCGCCCCCGCGCCGUCCCCGCGGACUUCCCCGCGCACGUCUUCUCGCCCGUCUUCCCGGUGCUCACGCGUGCGUCCAAGGCGCUCGCGGACGUGCUCGACGCGGGCGGCUACGCGCUCACGCCGAUUCCGUUCCCGGUCGUGCCCCGCGGCGAGGAGCGCAUUCGCGUCGUCGUUCACGCCGGGAACACGGAGGCGGAGAUCGACGAGUUCGUCGCGCGCAUCUGCGUAUGGGCGAGGGAGUUCGCGGCGCGCGAAGAACAGGAGAAAGGGGAGCCUCGCGCGACCGGCGUCCUGGCCCGCCUCUAG